CGUGCAUUUCGUCCGACUCAGUAAGAAUGGCAGCGCCAUCAGCACUGUGGCGCUCCCCCCUUUUCUGUCUGUGCCUCGUCACUCUAGUCACAGUGGCACAGACUCAGUGGGACAAUGGUACUGCUCCUGUUGGUGCCAGUCCGGAUCACGAAGGUGAGAUGUCUGCAUCAGCAGCUGAAAGGAUCAGCAGCAGCAUGGCAUCACCCGUAUGUCUUCCUCUGUGCAGAAAAGAGUGACUUGACAUGCCCUGGUACAGGAACGUCUGCCUCGUUCCUGUGGCAUGGUCUCACCGUUAUCGAGGCAAGGGCUGCUGACGACUACGCACCAAGUACGUACCUUCACAGGGGUACGGAGAUCGUGCAUCGGCCGACUGAUGAGGAUGAGGGCAACAUUACGGGAAAGGAGCAGCAGCCCACUGCAAUGCCUAAGGAGAUCGUGCAUCGGCCGACUGAUGAGGAUGAGGGCAACAUUACGGGAAAGGAGCAGCAGCCCACUGCAAUGCCUAAGGAGAUCGUGCAUCGGCCGACUGAUAAGGAUGAGGGCAACAUUACGGGAAAAGAGCAACAGGCCACUCCAAUGCCUCGCAUUGAUGACUCUCGUGGGAAGGGAGUAAACUGCGAAACGGACGAAGAGGGCAUGAACAUAACGGGUGAGGAGUAGAAGUAUCAAACCACAACAACCUUCGCUCCUGGGGCGACAGAUUGGCCGAAAGGCCUGCUUGCAAUGCGCACUCACGUCGUGUCUUGUGUGUGUGUGUGUGAUGUGGGCGCUUCAGAUUUCUCUGCAACUGACAGUGAAUUCAUCAAUGCCCGCGACAGAAAUGAAAAUCUGAUCGGUAAGCCGUGUAAUCGAUCGGUGUCUUCACCCACCUGUGUGCCUGCCUGCCUGUCUUCCUGCAGUCAAUGGCGGGCCUUUUGAUGGCAGGCGAAACGGCCCGCCAAUGAUUGAGAAGGCAGUGGAAUCCAGCUCUCGAGAGCAAGAAGGGCCGUCACUGGAGAAGCUGGCUGAGAGUCUGAAGGGAUUGUUGCAUCCUUGAUCAAGUGAACGGAGGCUGCAUACGCGCGUCAUGUCCCUGGGCUGAGUGGCAAUUUGGCGGUCUUUUCUCUUCCCGUCGUCUGUGUGUGUGUGUGUGUGUGUCGCUGUGUGUGUGUCGCUGUGUGUGAGUGCGGGUGUCGGUGUGUGCGUGUGUGUCGGCUGCAUGCUUUUGUGUGUGAAUGUCUUUCUACAUUGCGUGUACACCGAGCGGCCCGCAAAAUGUGCGCCGGUACGCUCUCUUUUUUCUGUUGUGUGGUGAUUGAUGCCUCUCUAGUUGACGUCCACCGACGUUGACAAGUGUUAAUGUCUCUGUGCGCGGGACAGCGGAUAAGGCCGCUUGGCCUGCCGAACUCGUGUAUGCGGUUUGUCCCUCGCUGACUCAUGAUCAGUUAACCCCUUCCCGUGUGUGUGGG